GAUUGUGAUUGUUUGUCUCCAAAAGUUCCAAUAAAAUAAGUGAAAAUAUUUUUAUGAAUUGUUAUUAAAUUUAAUAAUGGUAAAAGUUUAAAAAUAAAUAAUUAACCGAAAGUGUGUGUCUAUUUUAAUUGUGUCAUUUGCGUUGGAACUAUUGUGAUCGAUGAUGUAAGAUACAGUACUUCGUGUUGAGAAACGAGAGAACGUUUUCGCCGCGGUUCGUAUUAAAAUUGACGACACAAUGGAAAACGAAGAAGGAUCGGGAAACCAUGAAAAAGAAGAUCAGGAGAGUAGUUCCCAUACUACUCCGCAAGAACACCGGUCGUUUGCUGAAUUUGCGAAGGAUAAAUUAGAUAGCGCUGGCAGAGAGUUGCGACGUCGUCUACCAAUGGCGGGUCAGCUGGGUGCACACCUGAUGCAUCCACGGCGCCUCCUACUGCACUCAACUCCUACACAUCACACAGAUGUUGUGCUCAUAUUCCCAAAAGGUCUUCCGGAUAGUAUGCUGCUCUGGUUGCUGCAGAAGCUGCGCGGCAGUCGGCCACGGCUCCAGGUGUGCGUGAGACAGCACGCCUCCGCUCAAUGCUCCGCGUUUUACAUCGCAGCUGAUGAUGAUGUAUUGCUUCAAACUGCCGAAGAGGUACAUCUCCCUAAGUUAUUGAAGCCGGAAUUUGGUGGUGGAUAUAAAGAGUUUACCGUUCGUGAUAUGCAUUGCUUUCAAAAUGGUACAUCAGCAUCAGAGCUAUUGAAUUCUCAAGAGCGAGGUGCGUUAGUUAAACACGUGCUGGAGUCAGCAAGAGCGGAGCCCGGAGAUGAGCACGCGUUGGAACCCGCGCUCACACUGAGACCUGGACAGAGUAUUGUCCCUGCGUGUGUGAGUAGAGGAGUUAUAGCGAGUAUGUUCCCUUUACACGACAGAGCGGCUCUCGAAAGUCUGAGAAAGAAAUGGGUUAAAACUCUUUUCACGCCGCAGCCGCUGGAUGAAAUAUGUGAAUAUUUCGGUGUGAAAAUAGCAAUGUAUUUCGCAUGGCUCGGUCAUUACACACAAUCUCUAACUGUGCCCGCAAUCGUUGGUUUUAUAUUUUGGAUUUGGUUGGGAACCGCAAAUGAUCAUUGGAAGGACAUUGCUCAUGUGUUAUUUUCCCUUUUCAAUGUUCUAUGGGCUUGUGUUUAUUUGGAAACUUGGAAAAGAUAUUCUAAUGUAUUAGCUUAUAGAUGGGGAACAUUGGAUCAGAGAGAUGAAUUAUUGGUGGAACCGAGACCUUUGUUUCAGGGUGAGAUGGGUGUGAGCGCAGUGACAGGUAGGCCGGAGCCGCAGUACGCGGCGUGGCGACGACGCGUGUGGCGACACUGUGUCUCGCUGCCGGUCAUGUUGGCCUGUCUCUGCUUCGGCGCUGCGGCGACAUUCGCCUCACUCAGAGCACAGGAUUGGUGGGAGAAGACAUUAGUAUACUUCAGUUGGAUCCCGCGCGCGUUACUCGCUAUCAUCAUCGCCGUGGAGGAGGAGGUGUACGCCAGGAUCGCGAGGUGGCUCAAUGAUAAAGAAAAUUAUCGACUCGAAACAAAAUAUGAAAAUCAUCUGAUUGUCAAAAUUGCAUUGUUUCAAUUCGUAAACUCGUUUAUGAGUUUGUUCUACAUUGCGUUUUAUCUUCAGGAUAUGGAUAAAUUGAAAGAGCAAUUAGCAGUGUUAUUAAUAACGAGACAAAUAAUCGGAAAUCUGAAGGAAUCAGCUCUCCCAUAUCUUAUUGAGAAUUUAAGAUUGGCAAAGAUAUGUGUCGAUGUGUUUGGUGCUAUAAGUCCUAGCAAAAUACCUUCAUCGAUAGAAAUCACAGAGUUAUUUGAGAAGCGGACUAGUUCCAGUGGAGAUCCGCCAGAAGCGUUAGUGAAUGGUGCUGAUAAAGAUGUGGAGAGACGAGACUCGGAGUCUGCGGUGGGACAGAAAGUUAUUCAUCAGGCGGAGCUGGAGUCGCAGUUGUUUAAGUACGAGGGCACAUUCUCUGAGUACUUGGAGAUGUUGACUCAGCUGGGCCAUGUAGUGCUGUUCUCUGCCGCGUUCCCACUGGCGGCGCUGUGUGCGCUGCUCAACAACGCGGCGGAAGUGCGCGCUGAUGCCUUCAAAUUGUGCCACGUCGCACAAAGACCUUUCGGGGAGAGGGUCACCAGUGUUGGCAGUUGGCAGCACGCGAUGGAGGCGAUGGUUGCGGUGGCGGUGUUGGUGAACUGCGCGCUCAUCGGACUGUCGGGACCAGUACAUCGUCUGCUGCCCGACGCCACGCCCGCGCAGACCAUACUAGUCAUUGUUGCAUUAGAGCAUGUGGUGCUGGUGAUAGUGUUCGCGCUGCGCAUCGCCAUCCCCGAGAUCCCGGGCUGGCUCGCCACUGAGAUGGCCAAGGUUGAGUUCCAGAGACGAGAGGCUAUAAAGAACUCACACGCACCAUUAUUGUCUGAGUGUACAAGUCAAGAUGAUGUAAGGGCGUCAUCCCGCGCGACUCCGCGCACCAUCACACCCACCACGCCAAAGCAGACGGACAAGAACAAGAAGGUCUUCAUUGGGAAGAUACCUGAAAUACCACCAUUCAGACCGAAAGCGGCUUCGAUAACUGAACCAGCUGUGACUACGGGAUCUUUGCAAAUGCUACAAGAUGUCAGUCCAACUAAACCUAUCCGACGUAAGGAAGGUGCGGGCGCUCCCCUGUCCCUGCUGGGGGUGCGAGGUCUGCGCGAUGAGCCCCUACACCGCUCUGCGCACUGCAUCCCCCACCCUGCACAACACAGACCACUCGUCAACCCCACUCUGCAGGUGUUCUUCUCUCAGGAGCUGUCUGGAGGCGUGAGCGCGGGCUCGGAGCCCGACCUGAACGCGGUGCCUGCGCCCUCCGCAGCGCCCUCCGCAGCGCCCUCCGCAGCGCCCUCCACCGCGCCCUCCGCCGCGCCCUCGCUAGAUGUCAGCGCCACCUCCAGUGAGGACGACAGGCCCAAGGACAAGAGCAGUCGGUCCCGUGCGCGUGCGGCGCUGGUGAAGCGCGUGCGGUCUGUAGCUGUGUUCUCGCUGGGACUGAGACGUGCGCGAGAGGCACACGCCGCCACAGACCGCAGCGCGCACUCGCCCCGCACGCCCCGCACACCUCGCACACCCGACAAACCGACUCUGCCUGCGCCGAUGUUGGGUGGUGAGCUAUCAUUGAUACCGAUAGAGCAACUCAUACAAGUUGAGGAUGUCAAGCCACGACAGGUCAUGUAAAACUUCAUACAUCUUCAUACAGCUGGCGAAAAUAUCUAAUUUAGUUUAUAAAUAUAAAUAUAUACACUAA